GUGACGCCCCUGUCCCCCCUCGGAGGUCCCGGGGCCGGGGAGCUCGGGCCCCCAUUCCUGCCUGGGCCCCCCACUGCCGUUCCCGUUCCCGUUCCCGCCCCCGGCUGCCCUGCGGGGCUGUACUUCCCGGCGCCCGGCCGUGGCUCAUGGUUGAGAGCUCAGGGAGAAGAAACUUUGGUAGAGGAUGGAUGCAAACGCUCGAAAUUGUUUGCUUCAACAUAGAGAAGCUCUGGAAAAGGACAUCAAAACAGCCUACAUCAUGGAUCACAUGAUUAGUGAUGGAGUUUUAACAAUAUUAGAGGAGGAAAGAGUAAGAAAUCAGCCCAGUAACCAUCAACGAGCAGCUACACUAAUUAAACUGAUACUUAAUAAAGAUAAUUAUUCCUACAUAUCGUUCUACAAUGCUCUGCUACACGAAGGAUAUAAAGAUCUUGCUGCCCUUCUCCAUAGUGGCAUGCCUGUGCUUUCUUCCUCCAGUGGCAAAGAUUCAGCCGGUGGAAUAACUUCAUAUGUGAGGACAGUGCUGUGUGAAGGUGGAGUACCGCAGCGGCCAGUUGUUUUUGUUACCAGGAAGAAGCUGGUGACCGCAGUUCAGCAGAAGCUCUUGAAGCUGAGGGGCGAGCCCGGGUGGGUCACCAUCUAUGGCAUGGCUGGCUGUGGGAAGUCAGUGCUGGCCGCAGAAGCUGUCCGAGAUCAUUCACUCUUAGAAGGCUGUUUCCCAGGCGGUGUGCAUUGGGUUUCGAUUGGAAAACAAGACAAAUCUGGGCUUUUGAUGAAACUGCAGAACCUUUGCACACGGUUGGAUCGGGAUGAGAGUUUCUCCCAGAGGCUUCCUCUUAAUAUUGAAGAGGCCAAAGACCGACUCCGCAUUCUGAUGCUACACAAACACCCAAGGUUCUCCUCUUGUAGUGUCUUUAAUUGGUGCACUUUUACGUGAUUUCCCCAACCGUUGGGAGUACUACCUCAGGCAACUUCAGAAUAAGCAGUUUAAGAGAAUUAGGAAGUCUUCAUCCUAUGAUUAUGAGGCUCUGGAUGAAGCCAUGUCUAUAAGUGUUGAGAUGCUCAGAGAAGACAUCAAAGAUUAUUAUACAGAUCUUUCCAUCCUUCAGAAAGAUGUUAAGGUGCCUACAAAGGUGUUAUGUAUUCUCUGGGACCUGGAAACUGAAGAAGUUGAAGACAUACUGCAAGAGUUUGUUAAUAAGUCUCUGUUAUUCUGUGAUCGGAAUGGAAAGUCAUUUUGUUAUUAUUUACAUGAUCUUCAAGUAGAUUUUCUUACAGAGAAGAAUCGCAGCCAGCUUCAGGAACUUUGCACUUUAAUGUUUUCCCUGGAUUGGAUUAAAGCCAAAACAGAACUUGUAGGCCCUGCUCAUCUGAUUCAUGAAUUUGUGGAAUAUAGCCAUAUAUUGGACGAAAAGGAUUGCGCAGUCUGUGAGAAUUUUCAGGAGUUUUUAUCUUUAAAUGGACACCUUCUUGGACGACAGCCAUUUCCUAAUAUUGUACAACUGGGGCUCUGUGAACCGGAAACUUCAGAAGUUUAUCAGCAAGCAAAGCUGCAGGCCAAGCAGGAGGUCGAUAACGGGAUGCUUUACCUGGAGUGGAUAAACAAAAAAACCAUCAAGAAUCUCUCUCGCUUGGUUGUCCGCCCCCAUACAGAUGCUGUUUACCAUGCGUGCUUUUCUGAGGAUGGCCAAAGAAUAGCUUCUUGUGGAGCUGAUAAAACCUUACAGAUUUGGAAUUCUGUGACUGGGGAACUUGUCCAUACCUACGAUGAGCACUCAGAGCAAGUCAAUUGCUGCUGUUUCACCAACAAUAGUCAAAACCUUCUCUUAGCCACUGCGUCAAAUGACUUUUUCCUUAAACUGUGGGACUUGAAUCAAAAAGAAUGUCGAAAUACCAUGUUUGGCCACACAAAUUCAGUUAAUCACUGCAGAUUUUCCCCAGAUGAUGAGCUUUUGGCUAGUUGUUCAGCUGAUGGAACAUUAAAGCUUUGGGAUGUGAGAUCAGCCAAUGAGAGGAAGAGCAUUCAUGUGAAACAGUUCUUCCUAAAUUCAGAGGACCCUCAAGAGGACAUGGAGGUGAUGGUGAAGUGUUGCUCAUGGUCUGCUGAUGGUGCUAGAAUAAUGGUGGCAGCAAAAAGUAAAAUCUUUCUUUUUGACAUUCACACCAGUGGCCUAGUGGCAGAGAUUCACACCGGCCACCACAGUACCAUCCAGUACUGUGACUUCUCCCCCCAUAAUGGUUUGGCAGUGGUGGCUUUGUCCCAGUACUGUGUGGAGUUGUGGAACACAGACUCAUGUGUAAAGGUUGCUGACUGCAGGGGACAUUUAAGUUGGGUUCAUGGUGUGAUGUUUUCUCCUGAUGGAUCAUCGUUUUUGACAGCUUCUGAUGACCAAACAAUCAGGGUGUGGGAGACAAAGAAGGUGUGUAAAAACUCUGCUAUAGUGUUAAAGCAAGAAAUAGAUGUUGUGUUUCAAGAAGAUGAAGUCAUGGUCCUUGCAGUUGACAAUAUAAGACGUCUACAACUCAUUAAUGGAAAAACAGGUCAGAUUGAUUACCUGACUGAAGCUCAAGGUAGCUGCUGUUGCUUAAGUCCACACCUUCAGUACGUUGCAUUUGGAGAUGAAGAUGGAGCCAUUGAGAUUUUAGAACUUCUCAACAACAAAGUCUUCCAGUCCAGGAUUGGGCACAAGAAAGCAGUACGGCACAUCCAGUUCACAGCUGAUGGGAAUACCCUUAUUUCAAGUUCUGAUGAUUCUGCAAUUCAGGUGUGGAAUUGGCAGUCAGAGGAGUAUGUCCUUCUCCAGGCCCAUCAGGAAACAGUGACAGACUUCAGGCUUCUAGAAAAUUCAAGAUUGCUUUCUUGGUCAUUUGAUGGAACAGUGAAGGUAUGGAAUAUUAUUACUGGAAGAAUAGAAAAAGACUUUUUCUGUCACCAGGGCACAGUACUUUCUUGUAAUAUUUCUCCUGAUGCUACCAAGUUUUCAUCUACCUCUGCUGAUAAGACUGCAAAGAUUUGGAGUUUUGAGCUCCCUUCCCCUCUUCAUGAAUUGAAGGGCCACAACAGCUGUGUGCGCUGCUCUGCCUUCUCUGAGGACGGUUCACUGCUGGCAACUGGAGAUGACAAUGGAGAAGUCAGGAUGUGGAACGUCUCAAAUGGGGAGCUUCUUCAUUUGUGUGCUCCGAUUGCAGUAGAGGAAGGAGCUGCUACCCACAGAGGCUGGGUAACUGACCUUUGCUUUUCUCCAGACAGCAAAAUGCUUGUCUCUGCUGGGGCAUACCUUAAGUGGUGGAACGUGGUCACUGGGGAGUCUGCGCAGACCUUCUACACCAGUGGGACCAAUCUGAGGAGAGUACACGUGUGCCAGGACUUCAAAACCUACGUGACUGUUGAUAACCUUGGUAUUUUAUAUAUUUUACAGAUUUUAGAGUAAAGGGGUUAAGCAUGAAUGUAAGUUGAACUCUUAAUUUUGAAUUUGGACAAAAAAUUACAGUGAAAUUCUUACCAACUCUUUUUUAAAGCUGUGAAUUGUUUUGUAGUAUUGCAUUUGUUACAAAAGCAUUUGUGGUUGGAUCAAUGAUAAUGAUGUAGCUUUUCCCCAAAUGAACCUCCCUUUAAUCUUAUUUUUCAUAAUCAUCAUCAUUAAUAAUUUGUCCUUAAGAUGCAGAUGAAAAUGUAAAUAUGUACCUUGUCAUACUUGUUAUACUGUCGGUAAAAUUCUCUUGGUGCAUUCAGAUUGCUUGACAGAAUUAACGAGGAUAUUUUGAAGGAAGCCUGUACUUUAACACUGUGGUUAUGCAGGCUGUGCUUCAGGGUCACUGUGGCUCUGCUCUGAACCACACUCACCCCAGGGGUGUCGUUCUCCCAAAUACAGUCUUGAGCUAUUUGCACUCUUCAUGUUUGCUUUAAAAAAUGUUGCGUCUGUGUGUACAGUCUGCAGCGUUUCCUUUAGUGAACCGAAUGAGUGAGGGUUGGGUUUCAGCAGGUCAUGAAGCAAAACUUCUGUGGUAUUAGGUUUCAUGGGUCGGCCUCUUCUUCAUUGCUGCUGGUGGCAGCCACUGCCCUAACUGGACAGAGUCAUCAGUAUUCGGGUCGGGCACUGGCCUGCUCUGACUUUUUACUUCUGACUUGACUGAAUUUGACCUGUUGUAAUCCUCACUGUUUUCUCUUUAAAGCAGUUGCUGCAUGGUUAUAUAUUAGUAAAUCAAUAAUUGAGGAAGGGCCAAUUUUAAUCAUGUUUUAAUAAUACUUUUCUAAAAAUUGUGAAAUAGUCAAACAUGAGUUUUUUCUAAUUCCAUUUACUUUCAGGUGGAUGGUAUUGUCAGUGCUAUUCUCUUAGUGAAUUAGUGAAUUACAAGAGAAUUAUCUGUGAUUUUCUAUGCAGUUUCAGUGGAAGAUGUCCACUUUCACCUUCCAACCUACCUGUCUUCUUCCCUCACUCCUCCUCUCCCCUCCCUCCCUUCACUCUCUUCCCUCAUUCACUGCUUUUUACUUCCCUCUCUGCCCACCAAGGAAAGCUAGUUUUUUAUGGAGACAGGGUUCUUGCUAUGUUGCCCAGACUGGCCUUGAACUCCUGGGCUCAAGUGAGUCCCCUGCCUCCUCAGCCUCCAGAGUAGCUGGAGUACAGUCAUGGCUCACAAGCAUCAGUAACUCGCUAUUUUCUUACCUCUUGAUUAGGAAACACAAAUCUGAACAUUUUCUCUGAAAUAUAUUAUUAAGGACAGUGGAGAUAGUAGAUGUGGUGUAAUAUAAUUAUAAUCAAAUUUCAAAGUUUUGUUUCUGCAACUGGAACUAAUAAAUGAGUAUUAGUAUUAAUAGUAAAUAAGCGGGCUGGGGAUUUAGCUCAUUGGUUUUGCUGCUGCUGCAUAAGCGCAAGGAUCUGAGUUCGAUCCCCAGUACCAAAAAAAAAAAAAGUAAAUAAUGUACCCGUUUCUAUUGUUGGUGCAUAU